UUUCAUAGCUCUUUUAUACCCUGUACCCCCAUCGACAACUGGAGAUCGGAGUAUAGUGGCUUUCUUUAAAUGUAUGUGUCGGACAGAAAGAGGAGGAGGCGUGACAAAUAGUAUAUACGCUAAUUCUUGGUCAGGGCAAGCUGAGUCGAUUUAGCCAUAUCCGCCGGUCCGUAUGAACGCGUCGAUCUCAGCACCUAUAAGAGCUAAGGAUUUGAAAUCUAUUAUAGGUCUUUCCCUAUAUAUCACGCGCAGAUUGAGUUUGGUAAUAAAUCGAUAACUACUCCAGGUCUUUGUUACCGAUUAAAACUUCUAUUAAUUACAACUCCUACAACAAUUACAACUCCUACAUCUUUGGAACUAGGGUCUCAAAAUUUUGCAUAUAAGUGAAGGUGUGUUCAAUAGAGUUUCGAUUAUUUUAAUAUUUUAGAUACUAGCUUCAAAUAUUUAAGAGUUGGCAUUUUUCUAACGGCAAAUGCUGAAAGUUUCAUUAAAUUCCUAUAAGUUAACAGAAAUAAUUUAAUAAUUAACGAAAACAGGCAACGCCUUUUCUAUCUAUUCGGCAGCUCCACCCAAAAUGCGCAGUCAGUCGAUCACACGCAGCAGCCGUCUGCGCACACCGCAGCCCCAGAAGCCACCGGUGGCACGGCUCCAGGUGCAGUCCGUGGAUCGGGCUGUGCUGCGCCGUGUCGAGCUGCCGGCUAUGGCGCUCCUGCGUUGGCCCAAGCCCGGCGAGCUGGCGCUCUCCACCGGCGGCAGUCCGCUCGCCGUGCAAACGUUUCCCGAUCGCUGUGCCAAUGUCCACAUACCCACCAAGGCGGGCGUGCUCAAGCUGAAGCCGCAGAAGCUCUCGGAGGUGAAGCGUGAGGUGCUCAAGCAGCUGGACUCGACUACUCUGAAUCAGAUCAAGACUCUCAACUCCAAUCUGCACAUGAUUGUGGACAUGGCCAACAAGCUGGGCAAACUCUAAGCGCAACUUCAAUUCUUCUUCUUCUUCAUCUUAUUUCAUUAAUAUUUUAUUUAGUCUUUUUCAUUUUCUCAUUUUCAAUGUUGUUUUUUUGUUUUUGUUCUCAAACAUUAAGUGUACGUGUGUUGAUGUUGCCUGUGUUGCUGUUGUUGUUGUUGCUGUUGUUGCAAUUUCAUUGUAUAUUUAAUUUAUAAUUAAUAAAUUUAAGUAUCCAUAGAUUUGUAAGUACAAACAUAAA